CUACAUGGACAGCAGAUCGGCCUGCGAUACCUGGACAUGACAGACUGUGUAUCACUGGAGGACAAAGGCUUGAGCACCAUUGCCUUUCAUUGUCCACGUCUCACACACCUCUACCUGCGGCGCUGCAGCCACCUAACAGACGAGGCCCUGCGACAGCUAGCACUGCACUGCACCGCUUUACGUGAGCUUAGCCUUAGCGACUGCCCUCUGAUUGGAGACUUUGGCUUACGUGAGGUCGCUCGCCUGGAGGGCCGCCUACGCUAUCUGAGUGUGGCACACUGUAUGCGCAUAACAGACGUUGGACUGCGUUAUGUAGCACGCUACUGUCCGCGGCUACGCUACCUGAAUGCACGAGGAUGCGAGGGGUUGACGGACCAGGGUUUGAGCCACUUAGCUCGCAAUUGCCCCCGAUUGCGGUCUAUAGAUGUUGGCCGCUGCCCGCUGGUGUCAGACGCCGGGUUGGAGGUGUUAGCACGCUGUUGUGAAGGGCUACGAAGGCUGAGUCUGAGAGGCUGCGAGAGUUUGACAGGGAGAGGGCUCAUGGCGCUAGCAGCGGGAUGUCCCGAGUUGCAGUUACUAAACGUACAGGAGUGUGAGGUGCCACCUGAGGCACUUCGAUUGGUCCGACAGCACUGCAGACGCUGUGUAAUUGAACACACCAUACCUGCUUUGUACUGAGGGGACAGGUUGGGGACGCCAGAGGUGUCGACCUCUGAAAAACAGAUGUUUAUACUUUUUUGCAUUCCUAUGACUGCCUGAUGAGAUGCAACAAGGUGGAUGUGUCUCAAAACCUAGUGCAGGGGUGCUCAAUCCAGCUCCUGGAAGGCCACUCAUGCAGAGUUUAGCUCCAAUACACCUGACCAAACAUUUAGAGUAAUCCUGACUGAAAUUGGUUGGUUCAGUUGUGUUUAAUUUGGGCUUGGAGCUAAACUCUGCAAGACAGUUGCCUUCCAGGAGCAGGACUAGACGUUCUUUACCUAGUUAAUCAAUUCACGGUCUACUUCAGUGUUUCCCAACCAUGUUCCUGGAGGCACACCAACAGUAUACAUUUAGGAUGUCUCCCUUAUCUGUUUCAUACAUGUCAAGUCUAGGAGUCUCUACUAACAAGCUGAUGAGUUGAAUCAGAUGUGUUUAUUAUGAAGAGUUUGAAAAUGUGUACUGUGUCUCCUGCUCAGCUCAAGGGUGUCAAACCCUGCUCCUGCAGGAUCACUGUUGUGCAGAGUUUAGCUCCAACACACCUGCCCAGAAGUUUCUAGUAAUCCUAAAGACCUUGAUUAGUUUGUUCGGAUGUUUAAUUCGGAUUGGGGCUAUACUCUGCAGGACCCUCCAGUUGGAGGAUAGGUCACCCUGAUCCAGUGAAUCAAUUCACUGUCUACUGCAGUGUUUCCCAACCAUGUUUCUGGAGGCACACCAACAGUACACAUUUUGGAUGUCUCCUUUAUCUGACCCAUCCAUUUCAGGUAUAGGAGUCUCUAUUAAUGAGCUGAUGAGUUGAAUCGGGUGUGUUUGAUUAGGAAGAGUUCAAAAAUGUGUACUGUGUCUCCAUUGAACUUGUUUGGGAAACAAUGG